AUGGGGAUUAUCGAAUAUUGGGAUCCUGCUACACUUCAGUUCCCUGAAAGUGGGGUUAAUUUCAAGUUGAAAAGUGAUACUGAUUUGUUUGCGAUUGUCAAAAGUAAAACUGUUGUUUCUGCUAUUGAGGUAAGUCCAGAUGGCAAACAAUUUGCAAUCACAUCACCAGAUCGAAUAAUACGUAUAUUUUGGUAUAGAACUGGUAAACUAAGACGUGUCUAUGAUGAAUCACUUGAGAAUGCUCAAGAUCUUCAAAGAAGCGAUGUUCCUUUGUAUCGAUUAGAAGCUAUUGAUUUUGGGAGAAGAAUGGCAGUUGAAAGAGAAAUUGAAAAAACAGAAAAUGUCCCACAGCCAAAUGCACUAUUUGAUGAAAGCUCUAAUUUCAUUAUUUAUCCAACUCUCCUUGGUAUUAAAAUUGUAAAUUUGCACACAAACAAAGUUUCCAGAAUAUUAGGGAAGGUGGAAAAUAAUGACAGGUUUUUAAGAAUUGCUUUGUAUCAAGGUGAUCAAAGCAGUAAAAAAGUGCGAAAAAUUCCUGCUGCUGCUGUAAAUGUGAAUGAAAGCAAAGAUCCCAUGACAGAUCCUACUUUGUUAUGCUGUGCUUUUAAGAAACACAGAAUCUAUUUGUUCAGCUAAAGAGAACCAGAGGAACCUGAUGAUGCAACCAAGGGUAGGGAUGUCUUUAAUGAAAAGCCUCCUCCUGAUGAACUUAUGGCUGCAUCAGAUAUUGGAAAGUCUGUUACAACAUCUCUUCCAGAAAAUGUGAUUAUGCACACAACAUUUCACAUAUUAUUUUUUUCUCUAGUGGAAGCUCUGUCUGCAUUAGUUCUUGUUGUUCUGUUUUUUGGUUCAAAAAUUUGGAACUACAAGAGCGAGCUUUUUGCAAUAUCUCCACAUUAUAUCUAUCAAUUCUUCUCAAGGAAUGGCCAUGAGGGAUGGUUGUUGCUUAAUGGUAUGGUCCUUUGCAUAACAGAUAGUGUUUUACCUCCUCAAGUUUUGAUCAUUAAUUUGAUUGCUAAGUGUGCUCAUAAGGGCACAGAAGUAUGGGCAAUUGCAGAUUCUAGACGACAAGGCUUUCUUGGCUUCAAAGAGUUUAUUACUACAAUGCAGUUGAUUUCUAUGGCACAAGUAGGACACACAUUAAGUAGCGACCUCUUAAAUUCUGAUGUUGAUUAUGAAAAUUUGAAACCACCUGUUAUGGAUAGUCUGGAUGUCUUACUAGCUAAAAAGCGUCCAAAAAGUGAUCCUUAA